AUGCCUACUAUCGAAGUAAAUACCAAUGUCAAGGUGAAACAUCAUGAUGACUUUGCGAAGUCGUUAUCAGAAUUAUUGUCCAAAUUAUUAGACAUACCAGUUGCCAAUAUGAAUGUAGUAUUAAAUGACGAGGCACCAGUUUAUUUCGGUGCCACGACUGAUCCAGCAUAUAUGGCAAGGCUUUAUUCGGUCGGAGGUUUGAAUGUUGAAUCUAAUAAAAAAUUUUCAAAUGAAUUGUCAACAUUCUUUGAAAAUGAAUUGGGCGCUCCUAACAAUAGAGGUUAUAUCUUUUUCGUCAAUCCUGGUAGAGAAAAUUGUGGUUAUAUUGGAAGUACUUUGGCAUAA